AUGGUGCUGCAACUCAAGCAAUCAGUAUUGAACACAGUUGCACUUGGACUUAUUCCGUUCAUUGACAUCAAUUUCUGGAAUAUAAAGUUGCAUUGUGAUUCAUUCCUCUUACCGCUAGAAUAUUGUGAUGCAUCGCACGCUUUAGUAGUGCUAUCAUCCGCCAACUCAGAUUUGAUAGAAGCAGUCUGCCAUUCUGAUGUAAGCAAUGAAGAAGGGGCAGAGCUUGUCGACAUGGGCUUAAGAUGUGUGGUGUUUGGCGCCCAGUCAAAUAAAUGUUUUGAUGGCGGAUCUUGCAUUUUGGUGUCUGAGUAUGGGUCAGAAUCAGCACUUCCGUGCAUCGCGUUUACUCAUCAGUCAUGGUUGUGA